GCAUCAUAUCAGAUUUAAUUCUUUGAACUAUCAGUAUCAAAAAAUGUGUGAAUUAAGACAAUAGUAUUAUUAUUUACAAAAAAAAGGGAAUGAAAACAUAAUUAAUUUAAUCAUUCUUUCUUUGCCAGCUUUAUCAUGUCCUCUGAAAGCCCACAAAAAUACACGAGUAAGGAUGUCUCAGCCAAAGAAAACUUAACCGAGCGCAGCAAUACAUGCACAAGUACAUCAAACUAUGACAGCCAGUAUAGUGAGAAACAACGCAAGCAGAGAAAACUGGCCAAUAGAAGCCCUGCCUCAAGAGGAUAUCCUAAAGAAUGUGUAGAAUUUGAUGAAUUUUCAACUCAAGGAGAUAAUCAAGCUGUAAGGUAUAGAACUGCACAUCGGCAGUGGUUAUUGGACAAUGGUGUAUUCUCACUGAAUGGCAUGAAUGAGUGGCAGCCAGAUUUGCGCCGUUGGACACCCAGCAGCAGUGCAAGAUAUCCACUGAGGAUGAAGACAUCUAAGCCACCCAUUGAUCCAGAAAUAUUACCAGAGGAUUCUCAAGUUCACAUAUACCACAGUAAAAAGGACAGACUGUGGGUAAAAAGAUGGAUAAUUGGAAUGAUGGAGGCAAACAGAUAUAACAUCACUACAAACAGGCAGAUGUCAAGAAAAACUUCUCGCAUGAUAGUUGUUUUCACACCAGAGCUUUUUCAAGAGCCGUUCUGUCAAGAAAUCUUGGAUGCUAUCGAGGGAAAGAUGGUGCUUGGUAUUAAACUCAAAGACUGUGAUAUUCCAGAAGGGAUUGCAAAUGAAUGCACAAGUUAUAUUGACCUAACAGCCACAGAUCUUAGUGACCUGACUUUUCAUAUCUCAUUUAUGUUCAGGAUGAAGAAAGCUCUCAAGUUACCUGUAUCCAUAUGUUCAGCAUAAUUUUUUCUGUCAAUCAAGACACCAAAUUACUAUUUACUUUUCA